AUGUUAAUGUUGAAACAAUUAUCCAGAUUUAAUAACAUUAAAACAGGUGUUCGUUACUACAGCACAGAACAAGAUGUUGUUGUAAUUGGUGGUGGACCAGGUGGUUAUGUUGCAGGUAUUAAAGCAGGUCAACUCGGUAUGAAAGUUACUGUCGUUGAGAAGAGAGGAAAGUUGGGAGGUACCUGUCUCAAUGUCGGUUGUAUUCCAUCGAAAGCAUUGUUGAAUGCCUCACACAAGUAUGAAGAUGCCAAGACCAAGUUUGCCAACUAUGGUGUCAAGGUUGGAUCGGUCGAGCUCGAUCUCGCCGCCAUGAUGAAAUAUAAGGAAAAGUCGGUCAAUGGAUUGACCAGUGGUAUCGAGGGUUUGUUCAAGAAGAACAAGGUCACCUAUGCCAAGGGACACGGUAAGAUCACCGGUCCAAACACUGUCGAGGUCACCGGUGAAGACGGUAAGGUCCAAACCAUCACCACCAAGAAUAUCGUGAUUGCCACCGGAUCGGAAGUUGCCUCCCUUCCAAAUGUAAAUAUCGAUGAGCAAACCAUUGUCUCUUCGACCGGUGCUUUGGCAUUGAAAGCCGUUCCAAAGCGUAUGGUUGUCAUUGGUGGUGGUGUCAUUGGUUUGGAACUCGGUUCCGUUUGGUCGCGUCUCGGUGCUGAGACCACCGUCGUCGAGUUCACCAACCGUAUUGCCGCCGGUGCCGACGGUGAAGUCGCCAAGAAAUUCCAAAAGGUCUUGGAGAAGCAACACAUGAAGUUCCAUUUGGAGACAAAGGUUACCUCGGUCGUUAAGAAUGCCAACGGUACCGUAACUGUCACCGUAGAGUCUGUCGGAGCCGGUGGAUUCUCUGGUCAAAUCGAAGCCGACGUUGUCUUGGUUUCAGUUGGUCGUCGUCCAAACACUACCAAUCUCGGACUCGACAAGGUCGGAGUUCCAAUGGACAAGGCCGGUCGUGUCGAAGUCGGAGAUCACUUCAAGACCAAUGUAAAGUCUAUCUAUGCCAUCGGUGAUGCUAUCAAGGGUCCAAUGUUGGCACACAAGGCCGAGGAGGAAGGUAUUGCCGUCAUGGAGUAUCUCCACAACGGAUCGGGUCACGUCAACUACGCCGCCAUUCCAUCAGUUAUCUACACUCACCCAGAGGUUGCCUGGGUUGGAAAGACCGAAGAAGAACUCACCAAGGAAGGUAUCAAGUUCAACGUUGGUAAAUUCCCAUACGCUGCCAACUCUCGUGCACGUACCAACGAUGAAUCCGAAGGUUUCGUCAAGUUCCUCUCUGACUCUAGCACAGAUCGUAUCUUGGGUGUUCACAUCAUGGGUGAUUGCGCAGGUGAAAUGAUUGCUGAAUCUGUUCUCGCUAUGGAAUAUGGUGCAAGUAGUGAAGAUGUUGCUCGUACCUGCCAUGCACACCCAACCUUGUCGGAAGCAGUAAAAGAAGCUGCUAUGUCAGCAUAUGCUCCAAUUAAUAUCACAGCUUCCUUUAAUAUUAAUAUCAAACAUACAACCCCAAAAUAUUCUCAUUUCACUACCAGUAAUAUACCAUCUGGUUGUUUAUACUCUAGAAUCUUUUCUAUCUAUCUAUCUAUCAUAUUUGUACAUAAUUUACAAAGAAGUUUAGAGAGUAAAAUAUCAAAAACAAAAACAAAAUACAAAAUGGGGAGUAAAUCGUUAAUUGAUACACCUCUUCCGUUAGAUGACCAUCGUUCAUCGUCCUUGUCAUCGUCACUUAGAGAUCUAAUGACCUAUAACCAUGAUUAUGAUGACAACUCUGAUAUUGUCAAUGAAGAUGAGCAUGUUGACCACAACCACGUCAGACGACACUUUGACUCUGACGAUGCUAAUGAUCGUCUAUACCCUUUUGAUACAUAUAAUAAUGAACUCAAGAGUGGAAGUGGUAGGCGAGAACUUGACUACAGUGUUAGUAGUAGUGGUGGUGGUAGUAGUAGUAGUAGUAGUUUGGGAAAACGAAUAAGAAAUGAAUUUACUUCUUAUAAUGAUGAUAAUAAUAAUAAUAAUAAUAAUAAUAAGAAUAAUAACAAUAGUAAUAAUAGUAACAAUUAUAAUAACAAUAACAAUAGUAAUAAAAAUAGAAAUAUAAAUAGUUUAUUUGAUGAUUUCAAAUCAAUUUCAACAUCAUCAUCAUCAAAUAAUAGUAAUAAUAGUAACAAUAACAAUAAACAACCAUUUAAAAAGAUUAAAUUUACUGUACAAAUCGAAAAUAGACUUUUAAAUCAAGCUAUCAAUGAAUUUAAAGAGACGACAGAGUUGGAAAUCGAUAAGUUGUGUCGUGAAGAUGGAUUAGAUGUAAAGUCUGCCAUUGAUCGCUUGGUUUCAAAGAUCCAAGAGUCGGCUCUUACACACCCAACUACAACGACAACGACAACAACAACAACAUCGACAACAUCAACCACUUUGACAACAGCACAACCAAUUGCAAACGAUAUUCAAUUUAUCAUGGAUCUUGGUGGUUUCAAUGAAGAAGAAGCUCAAAAGAUUUUGAUUCUAAAGAAAGAGAUUGCCAAUCUUCGUAAUAGAGGAUUAGAUCAAACCUCUACAAUCAAUGAACUAGCAAGAAGAAUAAAGAAUAGUAAUAAUAAUAAUAAUAAUAAUAGUAAUCAAAAAGAGAAUAGCAACAACAGCAACAACAACAAAAAUAAUAUAGAUAAUAAUAUAGAUAAUUUCACAACGACAACAACUACAACCACCACCACCACCACAACCGCAAAUACAAACAUAAAUAGUAUAUAUAAAAAUAAACCUUUACCUCCACUACCAACUUUAUCUACUACUCAGAAGAGACUAAACGAAGCUGAUAGUUUGGAGAAUCAUCCGAUUAGAAAGAAAUUAAAAGAAAGUAAUAAUAAUAAUAGUAGUAGUGAUCUCUCUUUUCUUGUAGACAAUAAUAGUAAUAAUAGCAACAACAAUAAUAGUCAAUUUACUUUUAGUAGAGGUCAUUUAUCAUCAUCAUCAUCAUCGAAACAACAAUACAAUCAUCACCAUCAUAAAUCGACUACUCUUGCCUCCAAACUGAAUCGUAGUAAUAGUAAUAAUAAUAUGUCAGACUCUUUGAGCACCUAUCUCGAUGACGACAAUAGCAGCAGCAGUGAUGAAUUCUUGGCACCACAUUAUUUCAAUAGUGAUGAAGAUGACUAUCAGAGCGAUGAGGAUUACCAAGAGAACCGCUCUUAUCAUCUUUACCGAAGUAGUAUUAGUAAUAACAAUAUCAAUCAUAGCAACAACAAUAAUAAUAAUAACAAAUCUAACAAUCACUAUCAACAUAUCUGGUCAACCUUGAAGCAACAACACCAUUUGAAUGAUCCUUCUGCCGCAUCAAGCUCAGAUCAACAACACCACCACCACCACCACACCAAUGGCAAUCAAAACGAUACAAAAGUAAACAACAACAACAACCACCAAUCACCAAGAUUCACAUCACCUUCCACUAUCACCAAUACCAUAGUCUAA